AUGGGCUCCAUUUCUAGACCAAUUACUGAGUUUUGCCUUGAUCUCUACAAUAAGCUCAACAGAAAUGCAGAGGACACAAACAUCGUCUUCUCUCCAAUGAGCAUCUCUGUUGCCCUGGCUCUGGUUUGUCUAGGUGCACAAAACAACACUGCUGCUCAGAUAGAAAAAGUGCUCCACAUUAGGAAAGCUGAAGAAAGAAUGAGUCUUGGAGCUGACCUCGAGAAUGCAGCCUCAGAAAUGGAGCCAGAACUAAGCCAGGAAAGAUCGUCAUCCCUCUCACAGUGUAACGAGGAUGGGGACUUUAACCAUAAAGCAUUUCAGGCGCUCCUUUUACAACUACAAAACCUUGGUGAAAGAUAUGUUUUAACCCUGGCCAACAAUCUCUUUAUACAACAAGGAUUUGAGCUUCGGCAGCAAUUUCUAAUGUGUGCUAAGGAACUGUAUGGAGCAGUGCUGCAAACAGUGGACUUUCAUGGUGCUGUUGAAGCUGCCAGAUUAAAAAUUAACACCUGGGUUGAAAGUGAGACACAAGGUAAAAUCAAGGAACUCUUUGCUCCUGGGGUGAUCGACGUACAUGCAUUGCUGGUGCUGGUGAAUGUAAUCUACUUUAAAGCAACCUGGGAACACAAGUUUGAGGAACAAAAAACAGUACAGAGAGAUUUUAAACUGAAUCAGAAUGAGAAGAAGCCUGUGCAGAUGAUGUAUCAGAAAGGCAUGUUUAAAUUAGGCUACAUAGAGGAGAUUGGUACUCAGGUCCUUGAACUCCCUUAUGCUGAGAAGACGCUGAGCAUGAUCAUCCUGCUGCCAGGUGACACGGCUGAUGGAUCUACCAGUGGGCUAGAGCAGAUUGAAAGCACAAUGACCUAUGAAAAUUUAAAGCUGUGGGCCUCUUCAGAGCACAUGUUUGAGACAAGAGUGGAGGUAUACCUCCCCCGAUUCAAGCUUGAAGGCACCUUUAACCUCAAUGAGGUAUUACAAGAGAUGGGCAUGACUGACAUCUUCAAUGAAUCAAAAGCUGAUCUUUCUGCAAUGUCGUUUGCAAAAUCUCUGGUGCUGUCAGACGUUGUCCAUAAGACGUUUGUGGAAGUCAAUGAGGAAGGCACUGUAGCAGCAGCUGGUACAGGAGCUGCCAUUGUGAGGAGGUCUCUGCCUCUCAUAGAGUUGUUUAUAGCUGACCACCCUUUCUUAUUCUUUAUUAGACACAAUCCUACCAAUAUCAUUCUUUUCUUUGGCAAGCUCUGUUCACCUUAA